AUUGGCUAAUUAGACCAGUGGUGUAUUGGUGAUCGGUUAAUCGGACCACGUGUAUUGAUAAUUGGUUAAUCGGACCACAAGAUAUUGAUGAUCGACUAAUAGUACCAGUGGUGUAUUUAUCAUCGAUUAAUCGGACCACAUAUGUGUCGAUGGCCGGCUAAUCAGGCCACAUCAAAAAGACAAAAGCUGUUGACAUUAACCAUGGUGUAUAGCACGAGUGUAAGAGACGCAUCAUGGGAACUCUAGAGAAGACCCCAGCCCUGGUGGCGGCUGCCCAGAGCGGUGACCUCCCUCUAGUCGAGAAGCUACUGAGAGCCGGGCACCCAGUGGAUGCGGGGGACGAGCACGGCGCCACGGCCCUCCACUGGGCCUGCUGCAGGGGCCACGAGGCCAUCUGCCGUCUGCUGCUAGACGCCGGAUGUGACGUGGACGCCAGGAUCAAGUGGGGCGGGACAGCGCUGUUGUCUGCUGUAGAUAACGGCCAUGAGGGCUGCGUCAGGCUGUUGUUGAAUAGAGGUGUUAACGUGGAUGUCCCUAACGCCAGAGGAGACACGCCCCUGCACAUGGCGGCCUACAGGGGGUACCACAAGCUCCUGUGUCUUCUGACCGACGCAGGGGCGAACCCGUUCCACAGGAACUCCCACAGCCUGACCCCCAUACAGGAGGCGUACGCCAGACGACACACGGACUGUGUCAGCCACUUACAGGAGUACACGAGCAAGGUCAAAGAUAAAUUCCAAAAUCCUCCUCAGAAACCAACCAGCGAAAUAAUCUCGAAAAACUUCAACUCACUCUCCGAUGACGUCAUUCGCUUGGCCAGACCUCCCAAAAAAUUAGACGGGAGUUUCUCCAAUUUAACACCCGAACCCAAACUAUCCAAUCUACACCAGCACAACUCACUGCCUGCGGACGUUUCUUUAGAUUCAGACUACUCAUCGUAUUCCUCUGGCCAGGGGUCUUACCCCGACACCAACGUGGGGGGAAAAUACUCAACCUGGCAAGAUUCUAGUUUCGAAUCUCUUUUCUACAAAGCGACUCCAGUGAACGCGCAAUACGGGUGUCCAGUCUCUAAAAGGGUACACGAAGUUUGCGGUAACAAUAUCAAAGACACUAGACUCAAUGCGGAACAGACACGGUCCAAUGCUAGUGAUAGCAAAGAUUCGUCUAAAUUACAUAUAAUAGCGCCCCCAGAACUACCCCCUAGGCCAUCGUGGCUUGUGGAUAAAACAACAGUAGGGUACCAGAUUCAAGGUAGUGAGAAAAUGUCAGAAAAACAGGCGAAACUUGCAAGUGAUAAGGAAAAUAUAGGGACGGAAGAGGAUAAAAAAGGGGAGACUAUUCUAAAGCUACAGUCAAAAAUGGCGGAGCUGCAGCAACAGUUAGACAUGUGCCAAAGUUUUAACAUCCAACUGAAACAUCAGAUCGUUCGUUUAAUGAACGAGAACAUAGCACUCAAAGCAGACAACGCAAACCUCCAAAGAUCUCGCCAACACGAGCCCAAACUACUUAACAUAAGCCCACACGGGGUGUCUGAACUGGACGAGGGGGUGCACUCAGCCCCCUACCUCUCGUCCUACCCACCCUCGUCCUACCCACCCUCGUCCUACCCUCCCACAUCAGCGGGGGUGGCGCCGAGCUAUCUCGGGGGCUACAGGAGCCGAGAGCCUGUCGAGAGCAAUGAGAUGCUCUAACACGCAAGUAAAGCUACAGUUGCUUCACGAACUAGUCAACACUGUACAAAUAUUUCUCAUUGCGCUUGCUCAAAUGUAGCACGUUAUGGAAGGCUACAUACUACAUAGUACUUUAUACUUCUUUUAAUAUUGAACUCGGGUAGACCUAGAACUCAUAGACCCAUUGACUCGCAAUUGAAAAUGUUCGAUUAGAUUUUAUUAACAAUGUUAGAUCUGGUCCAAAAAACCUAGGUUUAAUUUAUAACAUUAUUUUGUAUGUUAAUUUUGUUGACGGCAGUAGCUAGGCCCUACUUUAGAACUGGUGGAUUGGUAGCCACUACUUACAGCACACGUGUAGGCUGUUGUUUCAAGUGUUGAUGGCACGGGUAGCUAAUGCAUGUAGUAGCUACCUUAUCAAGCUACAUUUGAACCUAUAUAAUUGUGCAAUGUUUAGCCCAUUGUGCGAACGAUUGUUCAGACUGAUGUGAUACAAUGUUCAGGUCUAGUUUAUUUUUAAACCUUGUUUCAGUUCAACCAGCUCACUGACCAAUGUUGUGUGACUUCUUGUACAUUCGCUUGUAAAUUAUUUAUUAACAGUAACGAUGCAGCUCAAAUGUGAGAGCUUGUCUCGAAGUCUUGUUGUCUUUUUGUGUUUAUCCUCUGUAGUUGAACUUCAUGAAGAAAUAUCUUCAGUAAGUGAAGUAUUUGUGCCACUUAUUGUAUUGUAAUACAAUAUACCAGUGACACAUGUAAGAGAAAACUCUACUAUUUCGUAUGUUCUUUUAGAUUUUGAGAGUAGAGUGGAAUAUAAAACUAGAUCUAAAUGUGAUCCAAGUUUUGUGUUUGUUUUAGUAUGUUGGACUUGGUGUAUGUUAUUUUAUAAGUUUAUGUAACAUUGCUGGAAAUGUUACAUAGCUUUGAACGAUGUAUAUGUAAUGUUACAUAAUUAUGGAUGAUUUUGUUUAUGUAAUUUUAUUAGUAUAUGUGACAAUGCUGGGAAUGUUACAUAACUGUGAACUUAAUGUAUAUGUCAUGUUACAUAAAUAUGAAUUUUUUUAUAUGUAAUUUUGUUAGUUUGAUAUGUGACAAUGCUGGAACUGUUACAUAACUAUGGACUUGAUGUCUAGCCCGCCUAUUAAAAUGGUUGUUAUGCUCGGUGUA